GUUGAACAGAACUGUGUGUCUCCUCAGCUCUCUGGAGGACUGCCUGGCAGCUCAGGGCUGUGCCGAAGUGGAAACCCUCAGACAAGAUCUGGAGAAGACGGCCACCAAGCUUUACUGCGCUGAAGCAUGUGAGGAUCAUCUCAAGGCUCAAGUGGCGUGUCUCAAAGAGAGUCUGGAGAGGGUGAGCCGGCAGAAAGCUGACCAAUCUGAGCUGAGGAGCAUCAAGGCACAAUAUGAUUCCUCUGUGGCAGAAAGGAAAAGGGUCAACGAGGAGCUCCUCAGGGCGCGGCAGACUCACAGUGGGGAGGUGGAGGGGAUGAGGAGGGAGGUGUCCAAACUGACCUCAGAGCUGCACCAACGAGACGCCACCAUCUGCACACUGAAGGGCUCUCCAUCCAGCAUCAGGCAGCACUGUGGGGGGGUGGGGCGAGCAGCACAGAAAGAAGCCCAGCUAACAAGGGGGGAGUCCUCGCCUGCGCCCCUCGGGGACAGUUAUCUGUCGUCUCUGUGCAGCCUGGAGCAAGAGAACGUGCGGCUGAGGAAGGACCUCUCUGAGCUGCGAACCCGACUCCAGGCCUCCAGCAGGACCUGUCCUGACCAAUACCAACAAGCUCUGCUCCAUAACGCUAAGACCGCCCCCCCACAGCCUGCUCAGGACAGGCAAGAGACAGCAACAAAGGCUGAGCUGCAGACCAGUGGUCUCUGCCCAGGAGAGAUCCAGAGCCUCUUCCAGCAGCUGCACACCCUGUCCCAGGCCUCCUGUCCCCCAGACAGCAGGCCUGCUUCUUCAGCAUCAUCCUCUUCCUCCACCAGACUCACCAGGAGAAACUCUGUGCCAAGUCCAAAUGACUCUGAGGAACAAAGAUCCAGCUCUGAACACUCUGAGUCCAGAGAGAAGCCCAUACCGUCUCCCUCUGCCAUGGAGCCUCUGUCGGUUUCUCCAGGGGACGAAACAGUCUCUCGUUUCUUGCAGGAAGAGAGCUUCCUGGCUAAGGAGCUGGUCCAGAAGCUGGACUCCCACAUCCAGGGGAUGAGAGAAACCAACGCAAGGAUUCUCUCCAAGUACCUGCCAGGGGGCUCAGGGUCCCCCCACACGUCCACCGACUGCAGGCAGCAGAGUGGUUAGAGAUGGAGUGAGGUGCAAUAAAUCCAACUCGUGGUUUUCAGACCCUUUGUUGCAGGACUUGCUUAGUUGAUAUGACGCAGAAACAUGGCAUACCAAACUAUAACUGUGGUGUUGGGUUGAUGGCUAUAAACAACUUACUACAACAGAUCCUCUUUUUAGGGUCUGUCUCCACAUGGCAUUUUAAAGAUCAUGAACAAACUCAGGAAACAGCAGCGGAGGAGCACCUGAAUGCAUCAUUGGUCUUUGUGAAGUUCCUCCCUCUCAGAGCCCUUCUGGAUUCUUGCACAAUUUAACUCAGAUUGGCAAGGAAUAGUUGGAAUUCCCAAAAGUGAUUUCUUAAACACUAUCAAAGAAGAAACAAAUAAGCUGUGACCUCAUACAGCCCAGACUCCUCUGUCCCCCUCUCUCCCUCCCCCUCUGUCCCUCUCUGUCCCUCUCCCUCCCCCUCUGUCCCUCUCCCUCCCC